AUGAGGCUGCUUUGGGUUUCUUUUUUAGGUCUGGGUAUCGUGGCUGCAGCACCUGCGAGAACCUUCACAGCGUUGGCAGCACUCAAGACUGAGAUCUUGAACCCGAUCCUUGAAGAGAUGUGCUUGGACAUGAGUGCGACUCUGUGUACGAGCGAGGAUGGCCACAAGGUUCAAUAUGCCGUGUACGAUGCCUCCAGCAAAGUCGGACCCUGCCGCUGUUCAGAUCUGCCUUCGCAGUACAUCGUUGCCAAGCACUGUCCUGACUUCUCCUGUCCAGCAGUGAAGCCCGAUGUUCAUUUCGAUAUCUCUCAAGGCGACUGCUUCUGUGCCGCUCCUGAUCGCUGCAUCGAGCAAUCUCUGUUCAUCGGCGUCAAUCAUGUCCACGGACGGGCCUUGACCUCGUUCAAGAGCGCGAUCCUCCGCAACAGCACGCGAAUCCAAGACCGAGUUGACCACAUGAAAGCCGUUCUGACCGCUUGGAACGCUCUCGAGCUUGAUGACGAGGAGCUUUUCGAGCUUUCGAAGACCGUCAACGCCACCAUACGCGACAUCCGUCUGCUCACGAGCAAGCUUCAAUCUGCAUCCGCGGUCAUCGCACGGGAACUGCAUCUGACUAAAGCCAAGCUUGCAAACCAGAAGCGACAAGAGCCCACGUCAACUGUCUCCUCUCUCCUGACCACUGACACGACAACUCCCACAUUCGUGCCGCCGCCCAAAACAGACAUCACGCCCGAGCUCAUGAACCAGUCACUCAACAGCCAGGCACAGAAUGAGGCUGUUGCCAACUCAGUCAUACCUGACUUCAUCAAUGGCAAUUUGACAUUCAUGGUGCAGAUGGAUGGUAUGGUUGCCACCAUCAUCCCUAUCAAUGCCAGUAUCUAUCUCCCCUGCGGUGGUAUCGGCAAAACAGACAAUGUCGACAUCAUGAUUGUGCCAAAAUAUGUCAAUGAUGGCACAAAUCAGACUACCGUUGCUGAUUGCAUGGUCAUCGCCAUCAAUAUGUACACUCCGAAUAUCUACACAUACUGGGUUCGAACCGCGGACGGCGAGACUAUUUCUGUGACUGGGACUAAUCGGAUUCACGAUAUCAAUCAAAUCUACACUGGUGGUCCACUUGAACUGAGAUUGCAUGCCUCGACUGAUUCGAGCAAACGCUCUGUCUCGAUGCCGGAGCCUGAAGAUUGCUCGAUCUCGAAGCUUACGCAGAUCUUCCCGACUGACUGUCGCAAGGGUUGCUCGGAGUCCUCGAAGACUUUCAUCCAGGGAAUUGAGGAUUUUUGUGGCUGUCUAGAGCGAACCAAGCAAGAGAAGUGGAACACUCGUGGGCUUUAUGCGCCCGAUGUGGGCGAUGCUAUGAUGACCGCAGAGGCCUGUGCUGCCAUGAGAUGUAUCAACAACAGCAAUCAGCCCGCCGUCUACAACCAGUUCACUCGCACUUGUUGGUGCCAGGACCCCACAUACGUGGAAGAGGUCAGCAAUGGAUGGUCCGGCCGCGUGCGCUCCUUCAUCAACAAGCUGGGAUUCUGA